AUGAAGAGGUAAAAGAAAUCAACAACAACAGUAGAUAUAUACUAUUUGGAAUGUCUAAUUAACAAACUUAUACGUUCAAAUACAAAUAAUUCCAUUCACCCUCAAUCUCUUAAACAUCAUGUUGAUACUCAAUUAAACAUUCCAAAACGAACUACGUUACGUAAGUAUGAUAAUGAAUAAAUUUAGAUAAAUAUAACCCAGUAUUAAUUGAAAACAAAAUAUAAGCCAGUUCUUUAUAUUAACAGAAGAAAUUACACGUUCAUACAAGGCCUUCUUCAGAAGGUUAAAGUAGGAAAUUCAAUCAAAUAAAUAUGGAUGAUUAACUCAUAUUACCUUAAAGAAGUAAUUUAUUAAGGCAGAUCAAAAAUUAAAUGAUGUUUCCUAGAUAAUAAUUAUGGAGUAAACAAGAGAACAGAGAAAAUAGACAAUAAACAGAGAUAUUUAAUCCUCUUAUGGUUUCAAAAAAGCCAAUUAAAAAUUUUUCUAUAAAUCUAAAGUCAUCCUUUAAAUAAGUUUCAAAUACUAGCAGAUUAAAUACAGGUUUAAAUCUCAGCAACUAAAGAAAUUUUUCUCCAAUAAGAACAAUGACUGAAAGACCUAAUGCAGAUAUCACUGGCUGGUAAACUACAGAAGAUGCAGAAUGGGUAUGA